CCGUGGGAGGCGGUGCCCUGCCGUGCUGGGCCGGGCCGGGCCCGCCAUGCCGAAGCGCUCCUGCCCCUUCGGGGAGGCGGCCCCGCUCCAGCUGAAAACCCGCGUGGGGCUGCGCGAGCUGAGCCGCGGCGUGCGGGGCGAAGAGUAUCGGCGGGAGAUCUUUGAGAGGACCCGGCGGCUGCUCUUCAGGGGCGCCCAGGCGUACAUGGAAGGCGCCUGGCCCGCCAGCCCCGCUGCAGUGACCCGCCCGGUGGAGCCGGGCGGAGAGGCCCAGGACGAUAGUGCGGGGCGCCGCUGGAGCGGGCAGCUGCUCAUCGGCCAUGACGGGAAACUGCUGAGGCGCUCUGUAGCUGCAGGGAAAGCACCCGUGAGAGCUUCCAAAGCCUGCUCAUCCUGUGUGAGAACUGAUGCCAAGGAAACGUGUACGCAAUGUGACCAGCUUGUCUGUCAGAACUGCAGCAGCCUCUGCAGCUGCUGUAACACAGUUAUCUGCUCUUUGUGCUCUACUCUUGAUUAUGGUGAUGUGGGAGAGCAAGUUCUCUGCAGUGGUUGUUCAAUAUUUCAAGUCUGAAUCUUGAUGAAAUGGCCUUUAUGGCUGAGAUGUUUGUACAUUUUAUGAAGUCUCCUCCUUGCCGCUGGCCUAUUAAUCCUUUUAGCAUGUGAAUUAAUUAUGAAAUUUCUAUGUUUUAUAUCUUUAUACUAUACUUCUUUAUAUUGUGGCUAAAUAAAGUUUUAUAUUUUGAGGCUUUCCAAAUUA